AUGGCGGACACAAAUCCAAAGGACCAGCGCACCUCAAGCGACCGUGAAGCAACCCUCUACAUCGACGCUUCAAACAGCGCUGCGGUACAGGCGCUGUCGCACUCCGAUCCCAAGUUCGACCUUAUCACUAUCGAAGCCAAAGCGGCCACUCAGGCCGAACAUGCCAUGCCACUCCGUCAAGCCAUCAAACUCUACCCCAAAGCAAUCCUCUGGUCUAUCUUCUUCUCCACAGCCAUUGCCAUGGAGGGCUACGAUCUCGUACUCGUCCAGUCCUUCUUCGCCUUCCCGGCAUUCGCGGAGAAGUACGGAGUGCUCGAUAGCAAGGGCAAGUACGGCAUCCCUGCUCCAUGGCAGGCUGGCCUCUCCAAUGGUGCACGGGUGGGUGAGAUACUAGGCCUCUUUGUAAAUGGCAUUGUGUGUGAUAAAUUCGGAUUCAGAAAGACCAUGGUUGGCACGCUUGUGCUGCUGUGCGGACUGAUCUUUAUCCCGUUCUUCGCUCAAAAUAUCGAGACCAUCCAGGUCGGCCAGAUCUUGCUCGGUAUACCAUGGGGUGUAUUCCAGACCUUGACUACGGCGUAUGCUGCCGAGGUCUGUCCUGUCGCGCUCAGGGGGUAUCUGACGACGUAUGUGAACAUGAUGUGGGGGCUGGGCCAGCUCCUCGCUUCUGGCGUGCUGCGAGCGAUGCUGAAAAGGACGGAUCAAUGGGCGUAUAGGAUACCAUUUGCGCUGCAGUGGAUGUGGCCGGUACCACUCAUCGUGGGCAUUGCGCUUGCACCAGAAUCGCCAUGGUGGCUCGUCCGCAAAGGCCGCCACGGUGAAGCGAAGACGUCUCUACGACGACUCUCGCAGAGCUCCAAUACUGAGCUUGAUCACACGCUCUCAAUGAUGCGGUACACCAAUGAGAUUGAGAAGGAGGUCUCUGCAGGCACCAGCUACAUCGACUGCUUCCGCGGCGUUCAUUUGCGCAGGACGGAGAUCACGUGCUUUACUUGGGUCAUUCAGGCAGCAAGUGGUGCGUCGUUCAUGGGAUACGCCGCAUAUUUCUUCGAGCAAGCCGGCCUCCCCACAAGCAUCUCCUUCGACUUCUCCAUCUCCCUCUACGCCGUCGCUAUGAUCGGUGUAGCAAUUUCCUGGUUCGCCAUGACCUACCUUGGCCGCCGCACAAUCUACCUCUCUGGCCUAAGCGCCAUGUUCGUUGUGCUGAUAACAAUUGGCUUCGUCAAUAUCUCCCCCUCCAAGGGUACCUCUUACGCUACUGGGAGCCUACUCCUACUGUUCACGUUAUGCUACGAUAUUACGAUCGGUACAGUAGCUUACAGUAUCGUGGCGGAGAUGCCGAGUAGUCGACUCAGGACGAAGACGAUUGUCUUGGCGAGGAAUCUGUAUAAUGUACAGGGUAUCACCAAUGGGGUCAUUACCCCUUACAUGUUGAACCCGGAUGCUUGGAACUGGAAAGGCAAAGCCGGCUUCUUCUGGGCUGGCCUUGCUCUUCUCUGCCUGAUAUGGACUUUCUUCCGUCUGCCCGAGCCUAAGGGACGCACAUAUGCGGAGCUGGAUCUCUUGUUCGAGCAGAAGGUCUCCGCGAGAAAGUUCAGGGAUGCUGUCGUCGAUACGUUCGAGAGUCCACACCACACCACCGAGGUGGAGAUGACGACAAAAGAUGCAAUAAAAAAUGGUUGA